CAGAACAAAAUGGUUGCAGUUUUGGAAUUCGUCGCCAUUUACAAAUCAAAAUUGAAUUCAAGAUGGCGAUACAACGUGAAACCGUUCAAAAGCCAGUGUCUAGAAAUUAUUUAAAGAAUUAAUAUGAGUGUACUUAUUUUGAUAAUAUGAAGGGACUGGUGCGUGUUUAUAAAUUUUAAUGGUUUAUUUGAAGACAUUGAAUAUUUUUUUGCAACAUAACAUAGUGCGGAAGAAUAUUUCUUAUUCCAACAGUACCUCUCUACGUAAACAUUCAUGUGUACAUGGGAGUUGCAUUUAAAUGCUUUUUUGUGGUUGUCAGACAUAAAAAUCAUUUGGAAUGGAAACCAUAGAUGAACCCAUUAAAAAUCUUCUGCAAUCGACGGGGUGGACUGUAGGAGAUCUUCUAGGAAAACUUCAAAAAUAUCAGACGAAGAAUGAGGGGGGAAUUUCUUCGCAAGACAUUCAAAAUUGCAAUUCUGCUAUUGGAAUAACCCACAACAGAAACAACAAUCUUAAUAAUAAUGUAGCUGAAAAUGGAAAUAAAGAAAAAAGCAAUGCGCCGAAGAAAAAUGACUUCAGUACAAGAAAAAAAGGGAAAAUAAACCAAAGAGCAAACAUUAAUAAUGUAACACGAAAUUUUGGCCAUGGUAAAAAAAUAUUAAAAAAUUGCUUUGCAAUACAGAAGUUUAUAUUAGCUAAUAAACAAAAAUAUAAUCUUAAAAGUCGAAUUCUUCGACUACAAAUUACGAAGAUAUUAAGAAAAUACAGAAAAUAUUAUAAAAAACUAAAAAGGAAACCAACGAGAAAUGUAAUUCUUUUAAAGCCUGUAGAAAAACCUCGAAAAGAUAUUCGUGACAAAAUUAAAGAGCAGUUAGAAUUACUUAGAAAUAAAAAGAAAGAACCUUUGUCAUUACCAAAACCUAUUUUCAGCAACGUACCUUCGCACAUUAAAAAGAGGCCCUCUCUAAAAAUAAGCGAAUUUCUCUUAGAAAAAUUUUGUGACAACAGUAAUGAUUCUAAUGAAAUUAAUUACUUUAAUGCAAAUUCAUCGGCAACCAAAAAGCGUAGACCUUCUUUCGAAGCGAAUAGUAGUAGAAAAAAUUCUGUCUCAGAAAAUUCGGAUGACUCAAGAUUAGUUACCUCUGAACUAUUUGAGUCGACCUCAAACGAUUUUAUUAUAACGAAUGUCAUGGGAGGGUACAAAUCUCCCGAGGAAGAGUUUCCUGAUUUGAACUCUCCAGAAAGUAAAAAUAAUUCAGAAGAAAAAGCGGAAGAUGUUAAAGUUUACCCUUUUAUUAAUAUCGAUAAUAACAAUGACAGUGAUAAACCGGAACAAGAUUUAACAUUGGUCAAUGGACGACUUAAGCAAGAGCCUAUUUGGCCAACUAAAACUAAAGACGUUACCAAAAUAAAAGGAUGGCAGAAGAAGAAAUUUGUUCUACCCGAAACCGUUAACGAAUCAGAAUCGAAGAAUUACGAAGUUGUCUAUACAACGUCACCCAUUCCUAGCACUAGCUUAAAUCGAAAAACGUAUGUGCAAUCAAAAACGGAAGUGACUGGUAAUAAAACUAAUGAAAGUUCAGAAUUAAUACAAUGUGAUAGCAAAUCAGUAUUUAUUAGUGAUUCCUUGGACCAGUACUUGAAUAAAAAUGCAAAACUUAACAUUAGCUAUGAAGUACCAAAAUUGAUUGCCGAGGAAGCUGUUACUCAACCGUCACUAGUUAUGCCUCUGGGUUACUCGAAAAUGGCCAAAACAGGGAUGGCAAUUAAAGUCAAAAGCGACAUUUACAAACCUAAAACACUAGCCGAAAAAAGAAAAAUCAUGUCCGGAGAACUGGAGCCAAUACUACGAGAAAGAAGAAAACAAUCUGAAGAAUUAGAAAUGAAAUUGUUUGAUGUACAAAAAGUUGUAAAGAAUGUUUCACAACCGCCAAGAGUAAUAUACAAUGAAUGUCCUGUGAUUUUAACUACCACUGAUCCUUUUACCAAAUCGCAAUUUAAACGUGCGAAAAAUAAGAAGGAUUUUUACCGAACUUUUAUAUAUAAUAGAAAAAGAUUAAAGGUUGUUAGCACAAGCGAACAGAAGGUGGUUGGAAGGAUUUUUGACAAUUUUAUGAUAAAUCCACCGAAGCAGUACAUUUCAAUGGAAGAAAAAAAUCGCGUAAUACAGAAUACUAAACCAUCAUUGCUUCGAUGCUUGGAGGAGAAUAAAAUAGACAAUGUUACGUACAAACCCGGUCCUCUCUGUCAUAAAAUUAAACUUCAAAAAAAUCUACAAAGCCAAUGGAAAACUUUUAUUGUAAAAUUACCUCAAAUAUUUGUGGAAAUAGAACCUCGGUUUAGAAAACCUGUUCAAACCCGUGUGCGCGAGUUAAUUAAAAAUAAUGAUGUAAUUUUAGACAAGGAUAGAGUAGAUUUUGCUCUGUCAGCUCUUAAAGGAGCAGAACCCAUAAAUCGUGCUAUAAAAUUUCCACUUUCGUACGCAAACAAUCAGAAAUGCUUGAUGCUACGUCGAAAAAUACCCAUCGAACAAGAUGACAAAGAAAUGUUCGUUCCAAUAGCCCCUCUAACUGACGAACAGCAGACCACAGAAGAGAUAAUUAAAAAUGUUGUAGAUCGUAUGUUAGAUUACGUUGAUACCAAGGAAGUAGAACAAGCCAUUUUGAAAGACGAUCCUGAUUUAAAAGGUACAUUAGAAAGAGAGGGAAUUACACCACCUUCUCCUAUUGGUACAAACAUUAGUACCAUUAUAAAGAAACCAAGUUACGGCAGAAAAAAAUCAAGAACAGCUCUAGAACUAAAGCGUCUAAAUGUUAAAAUAAUUGAAGUUGAUGUAGAAGACCCAGAAAACAAUGCCACAUGUGAAAAGGAAUAUUGUAAAAUGGGUUGUGUUUGCACCAGUCUCCAAUGUAAUCCCUCCUCUCUAGUCCAAGAACACUGCGGCAUGGAAAAGUGCAUGUUAAGUUGUGCAUGUAAAUCUAAAAGAAACAAUAAAGAAAAUAAAUUAACUUUACCAGUUGGUACAAAUAUUCUCUCAGCCCAUGUUGUCAAUCAUCUGCAGGAUGUAGCAAAAAAAGAUUUGGCAAAAGUCGAAAAGGAAUUUACUCAGACUGUAAUUAAAGCUAAUAAUCAAACUAUAGUUGUGGGUACUGAUCCUAAAGAAAGGCUGAGACGAGUAACUAAAGUUCCAAAACGUUAUAACGAUUUCGUUCACAAGGAAGUUAUUCCAGGAAUCGUGGAACGAAUUUCAGAUGUUAAAGAAAAGCCACAGUGUAUACUUAAAGAUGUAAUUGUUAAUUUGAAGAGGUACAAAUUCGAUAUUAUUCCUUUUUGCCUGGUUCAUGAGCAAUACAAUUGUAAAUGUUCGUGCAAAUCUGUGUUUUCAGAUAUGCCACAAAUAGUAUUAAGAUCACCUAAUAAGGACACAACAAAUGAAUUUGAACAAUUUAAAAAGGAAGAUAGCGAUGAUGAAACGAUUGACGUUUGUAAGUCCAAUUAUAGAAGUGAAGAUCUAAUAAAGAAUAGUUGUAGUCGUACAAAAGGGUUAGCAACCGAUUAUUAUUUAGAAAGAAAUAAAUCGUCAUGUCAUUUAAGAAAAAUUCAACGAUCUACGAGGAAGCUCUAUAUAGCGCGAAAUAAACAUUAUUUCGAAAAAGGUGAAAAUAUGAAACUAGCAGACAAAGUGUCGCCUACUAGAAAAAAUAAACGUAAACAAAUUUUUACUGAGUUAAGGGAUUUUGACGAAAGCGAAAAAAGAUCAAAAUUGAACGAAAGUGUUCCAAUUAACAGUUUCAAUGCCACUACCAGUAAUAACGUAAACAGCAUUCCCACCGUGAACAAUGAAUCUCAACAGAAUUUAUCAAUAGGACCAAAACCAAUCGAGCACGAUUUACUACAAGAUUUGCGAACCAAUAAAGCAGAUUUAGGGAAAAAUCUGUGUUUAAUGUCGUGGAAAACACUUCGUGUUAAAUUCAAUAACAAUACAUUGUUUGUAUGGCAAUCAUAUUCCAAUUAUGAUCCUGAAAUCUUGAUAACUUCUCGACAAAUUGCUCCAGCUUUGGGAUUUAUGAAUAUAAAAGUUCUUACAAAAAUAUCAAAACAAUUUAUUAAUACUAAUCAUAUCGUACGUUGGCUGACAACUGGCCUUCCGUUUGAAAAGAUGGAAGAAAAUCUGCUAGUUAUACUUUCCAUGGGCGAAAAAUCAUGUAAAAUUUGCGGAGUUUGCGAAAAACUUGAAAAUUCUAAUAAGUAUAGAUUGAUAGAAACAAAUUCCAAAGAAAUGUUUAAUGUUUCUACAGGACGACCUAAUCCUCUUCAAAUUGAUUUGACAGCUGACGAAGUAACUUCUAAUAGUACUAAUACUACUGGUGCUGCUACUAGUACUACUGCAGCUACUACGACUUCUACUAAUAUUGAAAAAAGGAAAGACAUCCAGGAGAACCGUAAAAGGGUAUUAUUCUUUUCACGUCACAAAUAUGAAAAAUUACAUCUGAUUUCUGAGAGUCAAAUAAAUCUUCACAAAGACCAACAGAACCCUGUAAACGCUAAUCUACCUUACAUCGAGGGAGGUUGUAGAUGGAGACUAAUUGAACUUGAAAAUCCCUUUACGUAUCUUUACUUUGUAAGAAGUAAUUAUAGUAUACGAUACGUGGAUCUUCUUAAAGCACCUAGCAUGGUUAGCGACAACAAUGUAACGAUUAAUUUAAAAUCAACUGAAAUGAGAAAGAAUUACAUUCAUCCCAGAUUUGGAAUUUUUUGUAUGCCUAGAUCUAGUAAAGAAGUUUUUGUAGGUCCCUACGGUUACAAAGAAGAUCAUGAUCUCGAAAUAUUAACGUAUAUGAAUAAAGUAUUAGUAAAUACGGAUCUUUACAAUCAGAUUAAAGGUGGCGGUGGGCUUAAAAAUGGAGCCUGGUAUUAUCAGGCUGAAGAUCCUUAUGGAAGUAAUGAUGAAGAUAACGACGACGUUCAAAUCGUCCAGGAACAGCCUACAUGUAUAGAUUUAACUGGGGAAGAUAUUCCUUCCGAUACGAAUAGUAGCGAAAAUAAUGAAGAAAAACAUGAAGAAGAUAACAUAAAAAAAAGUGAAGAGGAAUUUAAUACAAAAAUUAAAGAAGAAGACAGUGAGGAAAAUGAAAAUAAAAAUGAGAAAAAUAAAGAACAGUGCAACAAAGAAAAAGAUGAAUCGAAGAAUGUCGAUGACAAAAUUAACUGUGUUUCAAAAUCAAUAAAGAAAGUUAAAUUACCUUCGUUAUCUGAAAAAGAUUCCGAACUUGCAAAAAUUAUGGAAUUUUUAGAUGAGUGGGAGAAAUAUCCAUCAAAUAGGGCACUUAUUGUGCCUAAUGUGAAAGAUUUGGGAUGCAUUAAAGUUUUGCGUUGUCCCAUGAGCCAAACUUUCAAAGUGUUUUGUCCAUUUUCAAACACCAUUCGCACAUAUUCUAAAUUAAGUGGGGCAGUUCGACUGUUUGAAAAGGAACUUAAUGAAGUACUAACUCCUGUGCCAGCUAAUUUUAUUCUGAAAUGUACUGUCACUUAUCCCAAGGAAGGAGAAUCAAUUGUACAAAUUGAUCGAAAUGUACUGCAAGGAGAUCAUAUAAUCGGGGAGUUUGGCGUAAAACACAUUAAAGAAGCGCCUUUACUUUAUAUUGACCAGUUUGCUGAACAUGAAGAAGAAAUGGGCACCACCAAUGUAAGAGAGACCAAAGAAGCAUUUGACCAAUAUAAAAAAUUUGCGUAUGAUCUUUUGAAAAUUCCAACAAUUCAGAAAUGCAAAGAUUCUGCUUCAAUUAUUCGAUUGGCAAUCAGAGAAAUUCUGGAGCUUCAGUUAAUGGAAAAAAGAUAUAAGAACGAGAGAGUAGUACACGAACUAAAGAAAGCUGAAUUGAUGUCAAAAUAUGCCAAUUUGGUAAAGAAGAAUGCAAAUGGUGAUUUAAAAGAUCCAUUAGGAUCCUUACCUCUUGAUACAGAAAUAAAAGAAUCUCCACUUAAAGAAAGCUCGCUACAGCCCACAACAGUAAAUAAUGAUGAUACUGUUAAGCCAUUUAUUAAUUUAACAGAAAGCAGUAACGAAUUGGAAAAUACGUUAUUAGACACUUCUCCCGAAAAAACGAAUAAUAUUGUGGGAAAGAAAUUGAAAUUAAUUUCUAGGAAGAACUCCAUAGCUGGUCCUUCCGCAAUAUUCAAAAGAUUCUCCAGUAGUCCUGACAAAAGUUCUUCUGAAAGCGAUCGGGGCGUUGUACUUCCGGUUAAGGCAUAUCUGAAAUCAUCGUCUUGGACGAAGGAAGUUUGUCUUAUGCCACCAAGAUCAAAAAGACUAAGAGAGAGAUUACAAAAGAAGGCUGAAGAAGAAAGUAAAGCAAGUAAAAUGAUUACAGUAAUUGAGCCAAAAAAAGCUAACAAAAGCCUUCGAGCUUGGAGAAAAGGUUCCGGAAAGAAUUCCGGUAAACAAACGAAUAAUGUUAUUAUUUCGGUACAGCCGACGCUUACUUCCUCAAGUUCUGUUCCUUCAAAUGUGACCAGACUUCAGUAUUCAACUACGGAAAUGAAGUUAUCGGCGACUAAUACUUUGAGCAGCACAACAGCAAGUGUUGGCAGUGGAGAUUCUUCUAAACUUAGAUUUAUAAAAAUUGCUCCUAAUAAUGCAGAAGUGAAAGUGCCCAUUCAAUUUGUAAAUAGUUCGGAUUCUAAAGUGAUACCGGUAAAGUUACAUUUCCCAAGUACUUCAAUUUUGAAGACUUCACUUCAGAAUCGUCCUAAGCCAAGCCAGAAUGUCUCAAAGAACUAACCGACUGAUUGAUUGAUGAGGUGAGUUUUGAUUAUACUUCAUGCAUAGUGUGAUAUUACCUAAUAACGUUAUUAUUGUUCAUGGUUUUUGUUACUACUUACUAGCAUUCCUUUGCUAAGUAUUAAAUAUAUCUAAUUGUACAUAAUUAAGUCGUUCCUUAAUUGGAAAUUAGUUAAUUGUUUUGUAUCAAGUAUUCCUUUCAUGUACAUGAACCAAUUUUAUUGCCAUCUGAAUAUCAAUAUUAUGGCGCAAUUAUUAAUUCAAGUAUCAAAGGCACAAUUUAAAAGUUGUACAGAAAUGGUAAGGCAAUGUGUAUAUCAUGUGUCGUCCUCCUUCGAAUUAUAAAGAAACCAGCCAAACAUUUAAAUUUAGAAUGUAUAAAUGUAAAGUAAUCGAUUUCAAACUCUACCUCACUCGGUGUAGUGAAAAAAUAAAAGCCUCUCUCCUUGUAAACAUGAAAGAAAAUUAUUUGCUUGUUGAAGUAGGUGUGGGAUACGCCAAUUUUAAAUUAACUAAAAAUUUUUGGAAUAAUCAAUUGUGACAUACGAAUAAACGAAUAACGAAGUCUUCCCUCAUGGUA